GCGGAAGUGCCGCUCUCAUUUCCGGUUGGAGCAACCGAAGCCGGGCUGGAACCAUGCCUCGCAAGAUUGAGGAGAUCAAGGAUUUCCUGCUGACGGCGCGGAGGAAGGACGCCAAGUCUGUCAAGAUCAAGAAGAACAAGGACAAUGUGAAGUUCAAGGUGCGCUGCAGCCGGUACCUCUACACCCUGGUCAUCACCGACAAGGAGAAGGCUGAGAAGCUGAAGCAGUCCCUGCCCCCAGGUCUGGCCGUGAAGGAGCUGAAAUGAGCCGGGAUCAGCUGGCUACCUGUUGGAUUCUCUGUGUUUGUUAAAAUAAAUAAAAAACUGUUAGAAAUGUCA